CAACCUUAAAUUUAUAAACAAAUUAAGAAUUCUCGAUUAAUCCGCUGUUUUAAAAGGAAAAACUACAGAAAAUUAAUAAAUUUUCCGAUAAACUCCAUUAAAAAGUAAAAACUAAUAAAAUUUUCUUCAAGAAACCAUUUUUUGUUAACCAAAAAUAAAUAAUUAAAAGACUUCACGAUGUUUGGCGGCGGCAUUCAAUUAGGACAAAACACAUCAUUCAGCGCAAACACAACUACGCCGGGAGUUGGAAAGGAUUUCGAAGUAACUGCGCCUCCAGACGAUAGCGUCUCCGCAUUGGAGUUCAGCCCGGCGACAUUACAGCAAAAUUUCCUCAUAUCCGGUAGUUGGGAUUUUAGUGUUCGUUGUUGGGAAGUCGAACAAACGGGAAAAACGAAUCCAAAGUCAAUGAAAAAUUUGGGAUGUCCCGUUUUGGAUGUUUGUUGGGCUGACGAUGGAACAAAAGUAUUUAUCGCAACAUCAGAUAAACAAGCAAAAUGCUGGGAUCUGGGUUCGGAUCAACUGGUUCAAGUAGCGCAGCAUGAUGCUCCCGUCAAAACUUGUCAUUGGAUCAAAGGUUCAAACUAUUCGUGCUUAAUGACGGGAUCUUGGGACAAAACUCUCAAAUUUUGGGAUACGCGUUCUCAGAGCCCCAUGAUGACGUUAAAUUUACCGGAACGAGCAUAUUGCGCGGAUGUCGAUUAUCCCAUGGCAGUUGUCGGAACUGCAGGUCGCCAUGUCGUCAUUUACUCGUUGGAGAACAAACCGCAGCAAUUUCGUCAAACCGACAGUCCUUUAAAGUAUCAACAUCGUUGCGUCACAAUUUUCAAGGAUAAGAAGAAAACGCCGACGGGAUAUGCUCUCGGAAGUAUCGAGGGACGUGUCGCGAUUCAACACGUGAACGCAAUCAACCCGAAGGAUAAUUUCACGUUCAAGUGCCAUCGUGUCAAUGCAACUGCCGGAUAUCAAGAUAUUUAUGCGGUAAACGAUAUUGCCUUCCAUCCGGUUCAUAACACCUUGGCGACGGUAGGAUCUGACGGAACUUUCAGCUUUUGGGACAAAGAUGCACGCACGAAACUCAAGUCGUCUGACACGAAAGAUCAACCGAUCACGAAAUGUUGCUUUAAUGCAACGGGACAAAUUUUCGCCUAUGCCCUCGGUUACGAUUGGUCAAAGGGACACGAAUUUAAUGUUCCCACGAAGAAACCCGUCAUUUACUUAAGACCGUGCUUUGAUGAGCUAAAAACUCGUAGUAACUAA